AUGCGCUGUUGCGCCUCAAUUGCUUUCUCCUUUAUGAGAAGCGGCAGCAAGAUAAAAAUUGCUAGAGGUCUUGGAUCAGGAAUUUUAUUUACAUAUCCUGAAAUUGCAACUAUUGCCGGUGUCCAGGGUCUAAUUGUCUAUGGGUUGGCUUCGUCACUGCCUCUGCUGGUUUUUGGAUAUUUGGGCCCGAUCAUUCGCCGAAAGUGCCCAGAAGGCUUUGUCCUGACUGAAUGGGCCAGGCAGAGAUAUGGGAUUGUCGCUGCGACAUACCUUAGCUUACUGACAUUGAUUACAUUGUUCCUGUACAUGGUUGCGGAACUCUCCGCCCUCCAACAGAUUAUCACUGCGCUUACAGGACUCGACGGAUUGCCUGUGGUGAUCGUUGAGGUUGCCGUGACAACAAUCUACACCUCCCUAGGCGGCUUCAAAGUAUCUUUCGUCACCGACAAUCUCCAAGGAGCAAUGGUUGUGGGUCUUAUCAUCAUUGCCGUCAUCACUGUCGGCACAGAGGUUAAUAUCGACCGCGCCCUUGUCGAGUCAUCUGGCUUCUUGGAACCGUCUCUCCUCGGCUGGCAGUUGAUCUACAUUCUCCCCAUAGCCAUCCUGACAAACGAUUUCUUCCUAUCGAACUUCUGGCUGCGGACUUUCGCCUCCAAAACUGAUCGUGAUCUGCGCAUCGGUGUAUCUAUUGCCAGCGGCGCUAUAUUCUGCAUCCUCACUUUAGUCGGUGUUUCAGGUUUGCUCGCUGCAUGGUCUGGCGCAUGGCCAGGUGAUCCACCGCAAUUGGGCUCGAUUGCCUUCUUCUUGCUCCUUGAAAAGCUCCCGGCCUGGGUCGUCGGUAUCGUGCUCGUCAUGACUGUCUCUCUCAGCACUGCCGCCUUUGACAGCCUGCAGUCCGCAAUGGUCAGCACGGGUAGUAACGACCUCUUCCGCAACCGUCUACCGCUGAUAUACGUGCGCAUCCUCGUUGUCUUGUGUAUCAUCCCCGUGAUAGUUGUGGCGCUCAUGUCUCCCAGCGUGCUGCAGAUUUUCUUGAUCUCAGAUCUCGUAUCUGCAUCCUCGAUUCCCGUGCUGGUUUUCGGCCUGUGGGAUAAAGUCUACUGGUGGACGGGGUUCGAGGUCGUUGUCGGAGGGCUGGGCGGUAUCUUUUCCGUCUUCAUUUUCGGAACUAUUUACUAUGGCGACGCGCAUGCUGGCGCCAAGCUGAUUCUUUUGGAAAACGGCCUUUACGCUAAAGAUUGGAGUGUUUUUGGUGCAUUCCUCGCCGCCCCGCUCGGGGGUAUCCUAUUCGCCAUCGCUGCGCUUAUCCUCCGACUGGGCUACCACUACCUCUUGGCCAAAUCCCAACAUCGCAGAUUCGAUGCAUUGGACAAGCCAGUGCCACCCCCUCAACCUUCCCGCCCCUAUUCAUCCGAGGAGGGAAUACCCAAUAUUGAGUCUGGUGUCGGAGGCCCCUCGCUGUCUCCAAAUAAGGAUGUAGAGGAGGGACCUAUCGCCUCUGACGAUAGUCAUACACCGUCUCUACGGGAGCGGGUGGCCAGUAAGUGGUUGAAGAUGUGA